AUGGUCUGGGUAUCCCUGUUUCUACUGCUACCCCUGCUUCUACCUCCACUACCUUCUACCUCCACUACCUCUGCUUCUACCUCUGCUUCUACCUCCACUACCUCUGCUUCUACCUCCACUACCUCUGCUACCUCUACCCCUGCUUCUACCUCCACCACCUCUGCUUCUACCUCCACUACCCCUGCUUCUACCUCCACUACCUCCACUACCUCUGCUUCUACCUCCACUACCUCUGCUUCUACCUCCACUACCCUCUGCUUCUACCUCCACCACCUCUGCUUCUACCUCCACCUCUGCUUCUACCUCCACCACCUCUGCUUCUACCUCCACCACCUCUGCUUCUACCUCCACCACCUCUGCUACCUCCACUCCACUACCUCUGCUUCUACCUCCACUACCUCUGCUUCUACCUCCACUACCCCUGCUUCUACCUCCACCACCUCUGCUUCUACCUCCACUACCUCUGCUUCUACCUCCACUACCUCUGCUUCUACCUCCACUACCUCUGCUUCUACCUCCACUACCUCUGCUUCUACCUCCACCUACCUCUGCUCUGCUUCUACCUCCACUACCUCUGCUUCUACCUCCACUACCUCUGCUUCUACCUCCACUACCUCUGCUUCUACCUCCACUACCUCUGCUUCUACCUCCACUACCCCUGCUUCUACCUCCACUACCUCUGCUUCUACCUCCACUACUACCUCUGCUUCUACCUCCACUACCUCUGCUUCUACCUCCACUACCUCUGCUUCUACCUCCACUACCUCUGCUUCUACCUACCCACUACCUCUGCUUCUACCUACCCCUGCUUCUACCUCCACCACCUCUGCUUCUACCUCCACUACCUCUGCUUCUACCUCCACCACCUCUGCUUCUACCUCCACUACCUCUGCUUCUACCUCCACCACCUCUGCUUCUACCUCCACUACCCCUGCUUCUACCUCCACCACCUCUGCUUCUACCUCCACUACCUCUGCUUCUACCUCCACUACCUCUGCUUCUACCUCCACUACCCCUGCUUCUACCUCCACUACCUCUGCUUCUACCUCCACUACCUCUGCUUCUACCUCCACUACCUCUGCUUCUACCUCCACUACCUCUGCUUCUACCUCCACUACCUCUGCUUCUACCUCCACUACCUCUGCUUCUACCUCCACUACCUCUGCUUCUACCUCCACUACCUCUGCUUCUACCUCCACUACCCCUGCUACCUCUCUACCUGCUUCUACCUCCACUACCUCUGCUUCUACCUCCACUACCCCUGCUUCUACCUCCACUACCUCUGCUUCUACCUCCACUACCUCUGCUACCCUCUACCCCUGCUUCUACCUCCACCACCUCUGCUUCUACCUCCACUACCCCUGCUUCUACCUCCACCACCUCUGCUUCUACCUCCACUACCCCUGCUUCUACCUCCACUACCUCUGCUUCUACCUCCACUACCUCUGCUUCUACCUCCACUACCCCUGCUUCUACCUCCACCACCUCUGCUUCUACCUCCACUACCCCUGCUUCUACCUCCACUACCUCUGCUUCUACCUCCACUACCCCUGCUUCUACCUCCACUACCUCUGCUUCUACCUCCACUACCUCUGCUUCUACCUCCACUACCUCUGCUUCUAG